AUCGUUAUCGACGGGAGUUAAGAGAACGGCUUAUAUUCGGUGAUUCGUGCCACUCUCGUGGUACUUUGAUAGAAGAAAUGAAUGUCACCACGACACAAGAUGAGAGGAACCGAGCCGUUCGUAAAAGGAUGCUCGAUUUGCAUGACAUUCGUGUGGGAAAGGUCCCACAGGAUUCGCCGUGGUUGAGGAGUAUCCGACUGCAUUACACGCAAGACAAUCAGCUCAAGGAGUGGGAUGUGAUAAGGAUUCACGAUAGCGUGUGUAUAAUCGUUUUCAACACAAGUCGAAGAAAGCUCGUGUUUGUCAAGCAAUUUCGACCAGCGGUAUAUUACGCAUCCCUAUCGAAUAAGCAAGAUAUGAUCGACGUUGGACGUUAUCCCGCAACAUUGGGGCUAACUUUGGAACUCUGCGCUGGUAUCGUGGACAAGGACAAAUCUCUCGUCGAAAUCGCCAGGGAAGAAUUGAAAGAAGAAUGUGGCUACGAAGCACCCAUUUCGGCAUUUGAGCGAAUUACUACCUACUUAUCUAGUGCUUCUGCUAGUGCAAAGCAAACUCUCUUCUAUGUGGAAGUUACAGAUGCCAUGCAUAUACACCCUGGUGGUGGUGACGAAUCUGAAGGUGAACUCAUAGAAAUAGUUGAAUUAAGCAUUCCUGAGCUGAAGGAUUAUAUAAGAUCCAAGGAAGUACAAAGUCCAUCCAGUUUCUUAUACGGUGUGUCUUGGUUUUUUCUUAAUAAAUCUGAAUAUUGUUGAAUAAAAUGAAAAUAAAAAUUAUUUUACUUUAUCAUCUAGAAAAACGAUAAAAUAUUGCAAAUGAAAUACUAUCGGUCAAUCGUAUUUAUUUACAAAUAGAGCAUAGUUGCACAAUUAAAGUACAUAAAAUUACAAGGGGACUGAUAUUCAAUUAGUAUUCAAUUCGUCCUUUGUGAAUUGAGAACUAACCCAUGCAAGACCCCAUUUUAAAUUUGUUAGUAGGAACUUUAAGGCCUUGGUCCAUUGUUCUUCCGAAUUGAACUGUAUUCUGAAAUAGAAAGAAAAAUUAGA